AUGGAGUUCCACUUACUUGAGAAGAGGAGCUAUCGAGUGCCGAGUAGGGCUUUGUCGAUUUGGAUGUGUGUCGGAGUGCGAGUGGCGAGCACCGAGCAUGCGUGCGGGAGACGAAGAAGAAGACUAAAGACGAGGAUGAAGAGCAAUACAAUGGGCCUGAGUGGGUGGCAUGCGAGUUGUGGCAUGGGAUCAGAGGCAGAAUCUCUGACAAAAAAUAACUAUUCUGUCUAUCCUCCACGAACAGAAAAAGGUGAAAUGGAGCAGAAUGAAAGCGGGUGCGAGCAGCCUCAAGCUCCGGCACUUUGCGUCAACAACUGUGGCUUUUUUGGAACAGCUGCAACCAUGAACAUGUGUUCCAAGUGCUACAAAGACCUCUUCUUAAAGCAAGAGCAAGCCAAACUUGCCGCCUCAUCUUUCCAGAGUAUCGUGAACGGGAGCUCGUCAAGCGUUACCGACAAGGAUUCAAUUAUCCCAGAAAAUAUCGAACCAGACGGUCCCAAAUCUGAGAUUGUGGGCCCACAAGCACCCUCUGCACUGCCCAAAGUUGAGGAAAACGAGGAAGUUAAAAAAGGUCCAAAUAAAUGCGGCAUGUGCAGGAAGCGUGUGGGCUUGACGGGCUUCACCUGUAGGUGUGGUAGUAUUUUCUGUUCUGUUCAUAGGUACUCAGACAAACAUGAGUGCACGUUUGACUAUCGUUCGGCUGGCCAAGAAGCCAUAGCCAAGGCUAACCCAGUUGUCAAGGCGGAUAAAAUCAACAAGAUAUGA